ACCAUCUUAACCUCCUUUCAGUGAAUAAAAGCAUGUGUACAAACAGGCAUUUGCCCCAACCAUUAAACCCAUCAGUGUAAUGUCAUAUUAAUUAAUUAAGAAAAACCCACAAGACAAUUAUGUCGGCCCCGGAAGGAGACAUAAAACACAAAUCCCAUCGUGAACGAAAUGCCGGUCGAAAAGCCGAGAAGAAAAAAUCGAAAAAGCCUCAAGCCGAUGGAUUAACCGACAAACAACGUAAUCCAAAAGCCUUCACCUUCAAUUCUGCAGUGAAAGCAGAGAGAAGAUUCCGCAGAAAGCAGGACAUCGAGACGAAAAAACAACAUAUCCCAGUAGUAGACAGAACCCCAGUGGAACCACCUCCAAUUUUGGUAGCAGUUGUUGGUCCACCGAAGGUGGGUAAAUCAUUACUAAUCCAAUGUUUAAUAAAAAGUUACGUUCGUCAGCCUUUGAGCAACGUAAUAGGCCCCGUGACAAUAGUCUCAGGUAAAAAACGAAGGAUAACAUUUAUGGAGUGCAACAAUGAUAUAAACAGCAUGAUAGACAUCGCCAAGGUGGCAGAUCUGGUGUUACUCCUCGUUGAUGCAUCUUUUGGGUUUGAAAUGGAGAUAUUUGAGUUUUUGAAUAUCUGUCAAGUGCAUGGAAUGCCUCGAAUAAUGGGGGUACUCACUCAUUUGGAUCUUCUGACGAAUGCUAAACAGUUGAAGAAGACGAAGAAGAUCCUCAAGCACAGAUUUUGGACCGAAGUUUAUCAAGGUGCUAAAUUGUUUUAUCUCUCUGGUCUUCUACACGAAGAGUAUCUGCGGAAUGAAGUCAAGAAUUUAUCCAGAUUUAUCUCAGUCAUGAAGUUUCGACCUUUAGUCUGGAGAACGACCCAUCCUUAUUUAUUGGUUGACAGAGUUGAAGAUCUGACAUCACCUGAGGCUGUGAGGCAGAAUCCCAAGGUCGAUAGGAUGAUUAGUUUGUAUGGGUACGUCAGAGGGGUUCCAUUGAACAAGGAGUCGUCCAUUCACAUUCCCGGUUGUGGAGAUUUGAGGAUAAAGGAUGUUAGCUUUCUUCCUGAUCCGUGUCCUCUACCUGAGCAUAUCAAGAAACGGGCACUGGUGGAGAAGGAAAGGCUUAUUUAUGCACCUUUCUCAGGAGUUGGAGGAAUUGUUUAUGACAAAGAUGCUGUUUAUGUGGAGCUGGGUGGCAGUCAUUCACACAAGGAGGAAGAUACUGGACUUAUUUCAUCGUUGAUGGAUGCCCAGGGGACUCUCGACGAAAAACUGGAGAAGAGUGAACUGCAGUUGUUCAGUGGAGCGGAUUUCAUCAAGUCUGGAGAAGUUGAGGAAGAGAUGGGCUCUGGUUAUGGCCAGGAGAAUGUUGUUGAUGGGGGGAGAAUUAGAAGAAAAGUUAUUUUUCGUGGGAAAAUUGAUGAUGAAGAUGAUGAGGACGGCGGGGAAGAUGAAGAUGAUGAGGAAGAUGAUGGAAUUGAUGAUGAAGAUGUGGAAGAAGAUGAAAUUGAUGAAGAGCCUGUCGAAACUCAAGAGGAAUCUAUUCGCCAUGAUAAAGCUGGUGGAAAAAGGAAGACAACCGCAUCCGCAGUGGAAGGACUUCUCAAGAAACAGAAAAUUGAUGAGCAGGAUGAGUUAGAAUUGGAACUAGCUUCUUUGAGAGCUCAGGAUGUCCCAGUAACUCCGGAAUUUAAUCCCGAGACUUCAAUAAUUCAUAGACCCUUGAGUAGAAAUCCAACUAGUGAAGUUAAAGAUAAGAUAACUGAAGCCCUUUCUAAAUUUUCAUCGAUUUCUCAUCAAAUUAAAUCGAAAAAACACUCUGAAAGUGAAUCGGAUACGGACGAGAGCUACGAUGAACUGUCAGACAAUGACAUCGAUGGAAAAUCGAAUUUAGAUGACCUUGACGGGUCUGAUGAGUCAGUAUUGGGAGGAGAGGUGGAUGAAAAUGCUGAAGGAGUUGAAGAUGAAGAAGAUGAAGAAGAUUUGAAUGAUGAAACUCCUCAAUGGAAGUCAGACCUGGCGAAAAAAGCACGAGAAUCAUUUUUGAAUCGUCAGCAAUGCAAUGUCAACCUGAUGAAGCUCGUCUAUGGGGUCGCAGAUUCUAAAAAAAGUCAAACACCUCAGGGUAAUGAAGAAAACGACGAUGAAGAGAACGUUGGAGGAAUUUUCCGAGUAGUUUCUGAAAAACAAAAACAGAAACUCGAGGAACGAGAGCUCAAGAAUCAGGAAGAAACCAUGUACUAUUCGAGAGAGCCACCGAGGGACUGGGUAUCCGAGGAAAACAAGCUCUGUCUGGUGAAUCGAUUUGUAACAGGGAAAUGGAAGGAAUCUGAAGACGCUGAAGAGCUCCUCAAACUCGACGACCUCGAGGACGACGAAGAGGAAGUCUUCGGAGAUUUCGAGGAUUUAGAGACCGGGGAAAAGGUCCAAGCGAAGGAUUCGUCGAAGCCCCCCAAAGAAUUAAUCCCUGACGAAGCUGAUGAGAAGAAAAAACUCCUGGAGAAGAAGAGAAAGCUGAAACAACAAUUCGAUUCUGAAUACGACAACGCAGAGACCAAGAGUUAUUACGAUGACUUGAAACAGGAAGUGGAGAAACAGGCGCAGUUAAAUAAAUCUGAGUUUGAAGGACUUGAUGAUGACCUCAGAGUUCAACUCGAGGGUUUUAGACCUGGGAUGUACGUUAGAGUUGAAUUAGAAUCAGUUCCUUGCGAAUUAAUAACGAAUUUAGACCCAACGUAUCCUCUGAUCGUCGGAGGUCUUCUCCAUGGAGAGGAAAAUAUUGGAUACGUCCAAGGAAGAUUGAAGAAGCACAGGUGGUAUUCCAAGAUUCUCAAAACGAGGGAUCCAUUGAUCCUCUCCGUUGGAUGGAGAAGAUUCCAGACAUUGCCGAUAUAUUCUAAACUGGAGGACAACUUAAGAAAUCGAAUGAUCAAGUACACGCCUGAACAUGUGGCCUGUAUGGCCCACUUUUGGGGCCCUAUCACUCCGCAAGGGACUGGAUUUCUAGCUGUUCAAGAUGUGUCGACGAGAAUUCCUGGAUUUAGAAUCGCAGCGACUGGGACUAUUCUGGAGUUGGAUAAGAGUACGAGAAUUGUUAAGAAGUUGAAACUGACGGGAGUGCCGAUGAAGGUCUAUAAGAAAACCGCUUUUAUUAAGGAUAUGUUCAAUUCGACACUGGAAGUUGCCAAGUUCGAGGGGGCGAGGAUCAAGACAGUGUCGGGUAUCAGAGGAAUGAUCAAGAAAGCCAUCAAUAAGCCUGAGGGAUGCUUCAGAGCAACGUUUGAGGAUAAAAUUCAAUUGAGUGACAUCGUAUUCUGCAGAACUUGGUAUAAAAUUGAUGUACCCAAGUUGUAUAAUCCUGUGAACUCGCUUUUAUUGCCACUGGAGCAGAAAAACCAGUGGAAGGGGAUGAAGACCACUGGCCAGUUGAAGAGGGAGGAAAAUAUAAGGGCUGUACCUAAUAAAGAUUCACUCUACACGAAGAUUGAGAGGCAGCCAAAGGUCUUCAAGCCUUUAGUUAUUCCUAGGAAUCUUCAGAAAGAAUUGCCGUAUAGGGAUAAACCGAAAUUAGCUCCACUUGAAGGGAAUCGAAGAAAUAAGUUCGGGGAUCGACGAGUUGCUGUUGUCAGGGAUGUUAAAGAGGAGAAUGUCGCCAAGUUCAUGAAAAUGAUUAGAACGAAUUAUGCCAAUAAGCAGGAGAAGCUGAAGGAGGCCACCAAGGCGAGGAUGAGUAAUUAUCAGAAGAGGGUGGAAGCCGAGGAGUCAAGGAAGCUCAAGAGACAGAGGGAACUCAAGAAACAAGUUUUUCGAACCUUGAGUAAAAUGGAAAUCAAGGAGAAGAAGAAGAAGGAAAGCGGUAGAUGAUAAUUCCUGUAAAUUUAUUGAAUAUAUGUUGUUAAACAUAAAUAUUUGGUUUAAUUUUUUUUCAACCUAAUUCUG